UCUAUCGUAGCUUUGAUCCGGGAACAAUCCCGACCAGGAAGGCUUGUGCAGCAUUGCCUAAGAAAAAUGAGUUGGACUAUAUUUGCCGUUAUUACGAUUGUUGCCCUUUCACACGAAGCAGUCAGCAAUCCACUGAGAAGAAAUAGGUUGUGGGAGGAUGACUGCCCCCCAGGAGUCUGGGGAUGUAAGCGCUCGGAAAUAGAGAGCACAAGAACUGAUGAUGACUGUCCUCCAGGAGUCUGGGGAUGUAAGAAGAACGUCAUCGAGGAGCUGGAUGAAGAUUGUCCCCCCGGUGUGUGGGGCUGUAAGCGAAACUUCAAAAUAAAGAAAAGCAACGACGAAGACUGUCCACCUGGAGUCUGGGGCUGCAAACGAGGUCUAUUUGCCUCUGUCAAAAGUUGGUUCAAACCAAAAGGAAGAUCUACGCGGUCAGUGAAAAGCAAUAACGAUGAAGAUUGUCCCCCCGGAGUGUGGGGAUGCAAGCGAGAAAUAAAAAAGGAAGAGUCAGGCGAAGAAGGAUGCCCACCAGGGGUCUGGGGUUGUAAGAAAGACUCGGUCGAAAAUGAUUGUCCUCCCGGGGUUUGGGGCUGUAAGAAAGACAAGAUUGAAGAAGAUUGUCCACCAGGGGUCUGGGGCUGUAAGAAAGACAAGAUUGAAGAAGAUUGUCCACCAGGGGUCUGGGGCUGUAAGAAAGACAAGAUUGAAGAAGACUGUCCACCAGGGGUCUGGGGCUGCAAACGAAACGAGGUCUCUGAGAAAGAGGAAAAGGAAGAUGAUGAGAAAAAAGAUGAAAUGGCUGCUAAAGCCGAGUGCCCACCAGGGGUCUGGGGCUGCAAAAGAGAGAACUAAUGAAUUGAAAAGUUUCCAGAUUAACUCAGUCAGUGAAUUUUGUCAAAGUCAACGCUGAACGACCUUGUGACUGUGUCAAGUAUCAUGUCGACUGUAUAAAUUACACUUUACUAUUUAUUGAUUUUGAUUAAUGCAAUUCUAAGUAAGUUAUGAACAGAGUGUAUUUUUAAGUUGAAAAGAAAUAAUGUUCAAGUAACAGAAGUUAGCAACCAUUGGACUGUCAACAAAUAAAAAUUUGAAACUCC